AUAUUGAAAUGAGAGUAUUAGCUUCACUCUCACUCUCAGCAUCUUCAUCAUCCCUAUCAGCAUCUCCCCACUAUAAUUUCUUGAAUUCCCUUGCAUUUAUUCCUUAUAUUUCUUCCUUUUCAUCUCCUCGUCCCAAGCAUUCCCUUUUAUCUCUCUCCAGGUGAUCUCUCCCAAUCUCUCUUCAAAAAGUGUCAGCACUUGUACCAAUGAAUAGUUCUCAAAGUAGCUCAACAAAGGAACUUCCAGCAGGUCUGGAUGCUGCCAUGGAAGAAGAGUAUGCUUCACAAUCAGUAUUACUGAAAGAAUUCGCAAAUAUAUCCACCAUUGACAAGGCUUGGACUUUUAAGUCUAAUGUUGGCUCCCAGGCAAUGUUUUCAGUAAGCCAUCCAAAUCUCUUGGCCAACAAGAGGAGGAAACAUAUUUUGUCCAGUCAGAUCUUAAAAGAAAGUGAUGAUUCUGUAAGCUUUCAGUGGGCCCCAUUCCCUAUUGAAGUAAGUGGAGCAUCAACGAUGGUCCCCUCACCUUCAGGUUCCAAGCUUCUGGUAGUACGGAAUUCUGAAAAUGAAUCUCCGACUCAAUUUGAAAUAUGGAGUCCAUCUCAGUUAGAAAAGGAGGUCCAUGUUCCUCAAUCGGUCCAUGGCUCAGUAUAUUGCGAUGGAUGGUUUGAGGGGAUCUCUUGGAACUCAGAUGAAAGCCUUAUUGCUUAUGUGGCUGAAGAACCUGCUCCCUUAAAGCCUACAUUUGGUGACUUGGGAUACAAGAAAGGAGGUUCUACUGAUAAGGAUUGCAGUAGCUGGAAAGGCGAAGGAAACUGGGAGGAGGACUGGGGAGAAACCUAUGCUGGAAAAAGGCAGCCUGCACUAUUUGUCGUCAAUGUUAACAGUGGUGAAGUAAAUGCUGUUGGUGGAAUUGGGAAAUCCUUAAGUGUUGGACAGGUUGUAUGGGCACCAAUAAAUGAGGGUAUGCAUCAAUAUUUGGUUUUUGUUGGAUGGCCAUCAGACUCUAGGAAGCUCGGUAUCAAAUACUGCUAUAAUAGGGCUUGUGCUUUGUAUGCUGUCAGGGCUCCAACUAAUAAGUCAGAAGCCAAAUCGCUUCAGCCUGGAGGUGAUGCAACUGAUGAUGUAACAGCAUAUAAACUCACUCAAGGCAUAAGCAGUGCGUUUUUCCCUCGUUUCAGUCCUGAUGGCAAAUUCCUUGUAUUUUUAUCUGCAAAAAGCUCUAUAGAUACUUGGGCACAUUGUGCAACUAAUUCGCUUCACAGAUUUGAAUGGCCAACUGAUGACAAGUUCUCUUCUAUGAAGCUUGUUGAUGUGGUCCCUGUGGUCAUGUGUCCCAAAGAUGGCUGCUUUCCCGGGCUUUACAGUUUAAGCAUGCUAAGCAAUCCAUGGCUUUCUGAUGGUUAUACCUUGAUUUUAUCUUCCAUUUGGUGCAGCAUGCAAGUAAUACUUUCUAUAAAUGUGUUGAGCGGGAACGUAUCACGUAUCACUCCUAACAACUCAAACUAUUCUUGGAAUCUUCUUACUCUAGACGGGAACAAUAUAAUUGCUGUCUCUAGCAGUCCUGUAACUGUUCCUGAACUCAAGUAUGGUAGCUGUGCUGGUGCGACAUGGAGUUGGCUGGAUGUCUCAAGCCCCAUAUUUAAAUGCCCGGAAAAGGUUACAUCUUUGUUGUCAGCACUAAAAUUCAGUAUUAUGCAGAUUCCACUAAAAGGUGUUCCUGAAAGCCUUCCAGAAGGUGCUAAGAAGCCAUUUGAAGCUAUAUUUGUAUCCUCUAAUACGAAAAGUCAUGAUGUAUGUCAGCCCCUCAUUGUAAUGCUUCAUGGUGGCCCUCACUCUGUUUCUCCGUCGAGCUAUUCCAGGUCCAUGGCAUUCCUUGCUUCAACUGGAUACAGCUUGCUCAUUGUAAAUUACAGAGGUUCCCUGGGAUUUGGUGAGGAAGCGCUGCAAUCUUUGCUUGGGAAUAUUGGCUCCCAGGAUGUCAGUGAUGUACUCGCAGCAAUAGAUUAUGUUAUAGACAUGGGACUUGCGGAUCGUGCUAAAAUUUCUGUGCUUGGUGGUUCCCAUGGCGGAUUUCUGACAACACACUUAAUUGGCCAGGCACCAGAUUUGUUUGCUGCAGCUGCUGUAAGGAAUCCUGUAUGUAACCUUGCCCUGAUGGUUGGUACUUCAGACAUUCCGGACUGGUGCUUUAUUGAGACAUACGGAAGGGAAGGAAUAUCUAAGUUUACCGAAGCUCCUUCAUCUGAAAAUCUAUCUGUCUUUCACAGCAAGUCUCCUAUUUCACACCUUUCGAAGGUCAAAACUCCUACACUGUUCCUUCUAGGAGCAAAGGAUCUCCGUGUUCCAGUUUCUAAUGGUUUGCAAUAUGCACGGGCACUGAAAGAGAAAGGCGGUGAGGUCAAAGUGAUCGUCUUUCCUAAUGACACUCAUGGAAUCGAGAGGCCGCAGUCUGACUUUGAAAGCUUCCUUAAUAUUGGAGUGUGGUUCAAGAAAUAUUGUAACUGAGCUUCAAAAUUCAUCUUCACAUCCCAAAACUUGAUGUAAUGAGGUACAAAGAAAAUUAUGUUGUACACUUUACCUUUCUUAUGGAUAUGGAUAAUCUGUACAAUUAUUCCAUUUGGACUACGACGAAAUGCAGUUGUUUAUGACAUCAUCAGCAUAGUGAACCACCACAAUAAAUCGUAUGGAGCUGAUGAUAAAUAAAAUCAAUGAUCUUAACUAGAUACCACCUCUUAUAUUCCCAGUUAUGCAAAUCAUGUAACUUUGGCAGGAGGAUAAAUUGAUGAUUUCACUUGUAUAGGCUUUGUGGUGGGAUGUCUAUUUUUUUUUAUUAGUGUGGUGGAAUGUGUUAUUGUCUUACUGCAAUUCUUAAAUGUGUUUGUAGUAUACUUUUAGAUUCA